AUGAGACAAUUAUUUACUAUUAGUGGGCGAUAUGCAGCCACUGAAGAUGUAUCGAUUACAUCGCAGGUAUCCGGUUUAUCAUGGGAUACACGUUUGAAAGGUUUUGGAAUUUGUUUACUUAUUUGUGUUGUACUCGGAAUAAUUGUAAGUCAUUUGUGAUAAAGCGACUGAUUUUUCCGCGUUGCAUAUAUAUCGGUUAAGUUUGUGUUGUAACAAAUAAACUUGAAAGAUAUUGAUUAAAUGUGACAUUUGCUUUAAUAUAUUCACAUCAU